UGCAGUGGAGGUCACGAAAAUUAUUUGUCCCCUGGUGCCGAGAGUGGCUCCUGUCCAACCACCAUUCGGCGCCGCCUGCCAUCAUUUUGCAACCGUCAGCUGCGCAACAUCUCCGAGAUUUUAUAUGGCGGUUUGCUUCGCUUCACGAAUGUCUCGACAUAGACACAUGCCCCACCUCUCUUCCGACGACGACAACAACCUCCAUGGUCGUGCUUCAUCUGGGUUGGAACCGCUUCACACGGCGUACUCUGUUCUAUAGCGUGGUGGUCCUCUUGAUCCUUGCUAGUUUCAGGUCUAAGAUACCUCCUUUCUUUGUGCCUUCGGACGAGAGUAGUUCUGGACUCGAGGCUGAAGAUUCUCCGGCACUGACGCGACGAACCCGAGCAGGCGCAGUGAAGUCAGCCUUCCUGCAUGCGUACCAUGGAUAUGAGAAAUAUGCUGCCCCAAGCGACGAGCUGAAGCCUGUGUCGAAUGGAAAGGUCAACAAGCUCAACGGAUGGGGCUUGACUGUAUUCGACUCUCUGGAUACUAUAUUGCUGAUGGGUCUGAAGGAGGAAUUUGCCCGAGGUCGAGAGAUUGUGAUGAAUGCCUACUUUUCGAAAUCUGAGCCAGCAUGUAUCCUGGCCUCAUCCUCCGAUUUGGCUGGGGGCAUGCUUCCUACUAGAUGGGAUUUAACGACCGGUCAACCGGUCGACAGACAUCUUACUGUAGGGUCACUAACCGACAGUGCCCACGAGUAUCUACUUAAAAUUCACCUCCUUACCGGAAAGACGGACAAAGAGAAUCUCAAAAUGUGUCUUCGAACAACCACUCAUAUCAUCUGCGACAUGUUGCAUUUAUCUCCGACACGCCACCUACUCUAUGUUUCCGACUCCUUUGAAUCGACUUUCACAGAGAGUGCAUCUCCCACUCUCCAAUUCGAGCACCUUUCAUGCUUCCUGCCAGGGUUACUCGCACUCGGGGCACACACUCUACCUCUAGACAAUCUAAAAUCUCUCGGAAUAGACUUUGAAGAACUGGGAAACGAGAAGCUUUACGGAUACGCCGGCAGGGCCUACAAAAGGCUCAGCGGGUACAAUUUGAAGCAGGUACACAUGUGGGCUGAAGGUCUUGCUCAGACGUGCUGGUUAAUGUACGCUGACCAGCCGACCGGCUUGGGUUCGGAGGAAGUCAAGAUCAAGUUCGCAAGCACAGAGGGGGUAGCCGUGGUUGUGCCCGGUCUUGCGGGAAAGGCACCCAUCGUAUACAUGCCAGAAGAGCGGAACAAUGGCACAGGAAGUGGUCAUGAUUAUACGCUGCUCAAGCCUGGGCACCUCUUGAGACCGGAGGCCGUCGAAUCGCUGUAUCUUCUGUGGCGCAUCACUGGAGAAUCCAAAUGGAGGAACGGGGAUGGAAAAUCUUCGAGGCGAUCGAGAGGGAGACGAAGACAGGCAGCGGCUAUGCGGCCCUAUAUUCGGUAGA